UUGCCACCUCCAGUUUUCGCGCAAUUACGUCGCGAAUUGUAACUAUUUAUCCCCAGAGGGGAUUAAAUAUCCGUGUGAGACAGUGACCAGUGUCAAAACGUCGGUGAACAUGAAGCAUCUUCUUCUCUUCGUCGCCAUCGCUCUCCUCGGCCUCUCUUUGGUCGGAGCAUUGUCGUCCGAAUACUCGAGCAUUUCUAGCGAUAGCAGCAGUCGGGAGAAACGUAGCCCCGACGAUGCUGGCCCUCCAAACGGUCCACCUCCGCACGGCCCACCUCCGCCCGGACCUCCUCCAUCGGGGCCUCCUCCAUCGGGGCCUCCUCCAGAGGAUAUGAUCGAUCAAGGGUCGUCGACUAUGGAGGAAUCGAGGAGCAAGAGAGCGGCUCAAAAUAUGCCUAUGCCGGGUGGUAUGGGCGACAUGGGAGGUAGCAUGGGAGGUAGCAUGGGAGGUAGCUUUGGAGGUGGUAUGGGAGGUGGCGCGUCUCAGUUGAGGAGCAAGAGAGCGGCUCAAAAUAUGCCUAUGCCGGGUGGUAUGGGCGACAUGGGAGGAGGAAUGGGAGGUGGCAUGGGAGGUAGCGUUGGAGGUGGUAUGGGAGGUGGCGCGUCUCAGUUGAGGAGCAAGAGAAGGGCUCAAAGUUCUAUGCAAGGAAGUAUGGACGACAUGGAUAAUGAGAUGGGAGGCGAUAUGCCAAAUAGGCCGCCUCAAGUGAGAAGUAGGAGAGCGGCGCAAAAUCCUUUGCCAGGAGGUAUGGGAGGUGGUAUGGAAGGUGGAGUUAGCAUGGGUGUUAACUUUGGAGCGAAAGCUGGUGGAGGAAGUUCGGCAAACUAGGAACGACAACAGUUAUUCAGCAUGGUUCAGCAUAACUAUGAGAUAGUUAUAAGUAGGAUCGUUUUAGAUAUGGUCAAGGGACUACUGUAUGUUGUAGUUUAGAUUAAAAAUGUUGGAAUAAAUCGAUUGAUUAAAAAAGAAAA